AGAUAAUAGAUGUGCAGCAAGUGUUAGUACAAGAAUGAAGGUCAAGGUCAAAGAUACAUGGAUCAAGUAGAGUGGAAAUGACUGUUUAUCAAAUGUGUUAUGCAUGGCUGCAUUUUUGUAAGCAGUUCAGGACAUUGGGUGUUUGUAUCUCUUGAUGAGAACAGGAAAUAAUUUUCCUGUCAGGAAGGAUGUCAAUUGUAGCUGUAUAGGAUGUCUAUACUGAUAAACGACUUCAUGAUCUGUGGAUCUAGUCAGAGCACAUGGCCUGCAAGCCCUGCGUAUUGUUAAGUCCACCUACCGUUUAGUUGUGUUUUUGCAUCAGAUCAGAGGUUAGCCAUGGCAUCAAAAGAAAUGUCCCCCGAAGCAUCUCCAGAACAGUCCAGAGAGGUGUCUCCCAUGCCAAACAUAACCCUAGAGGGCGAUGAGGAACACACCUGUAGAAUCUGUGAAGAAAAGCUCAAACAACCUAAAAUACUUAGCUGUCUUCAUGUCUUCUGCCAGACUUGUCUGGAAAAUCAGUAUGCAGAGGCAAAAGAUCAACAAGAUUCCCUGACCUGUUCCAUUUGUAAACAGGACACGAAAAUCCCAUCAGGGGGAAUUACCAGUCUGCAACCAGAGUAUGUCAUUUCCGAUUUCUUGGAAAUGGCCGCCAUAGAAGAUAAGCAGAUUCUGUGUAACAGUUGCAAGGCCAAGGAAGAGGCGGUGGCCCGCUGCAGGGAUUGUAUCAGUGGAAAUUACCUCUGUGGAAAUUGUGUCACAGCACAUCAGUUCAUGAGGUGCUUUGAUAAUCAUGAGGUGGUUUUGUUUGAGGACAUGAAAGAAGGAGGUCGCAAUUUGGCACACAAAGUCAUAUUUUGUAUCAGCCACCCUACAGAACAUGUCAAAUUCUACUGUUAUACCUGUCAGGAGGCAGUGUGUAGUGAUUGUAUGAAGAAUAUGCAUCAGCCACCAGAACACAGAUGUGAAAAUGUCACUGAAACGGAGAAGAAGCUGAAAGAAGACUUGACCCUAUUGCUGGAAGAAAGCAAGAAAAAGGUGGCCGUCUGUGAAGAAGCACACCAAACCCUGGAAAGUAGCCUGAAUGACCUGCAGAUGCAGCGAGACAAUGCAAAAGGCUUGAUUCAGGAAACAUUCCAAAGUUAUAAAGCUAUGCUGGAAAAGAAAAAGGAUGCUAUGCUUGAAGAGCUGGAAGAUCUUCACUCUCGCCAAGAACUUGCCAUUAUGGAUCUCUUCCACAGUGUAGAGAAAACAUCAGAAAAAAUUGAAGAUGGAUGCAAGUAUACUGACUUGCUGUUACAACAUGGUACUGGUUUGCAUUUUGCUCUGAUGAAAAAAAUGAUAAGCAAACAACUGAUGUUCCUAAUCAACAAUACACCUAAGCCAGAUAUCCACAUCAAUCUGGAUUUCCACUCUGAUGCCGAUGCAUUUGAAAAGGCAGUUGACAAGACAUUUGGUUCCUUUGUCAAAGAGGAGCCAAAGCCACAGCUUGAGAGACCCUUGUCAUCACUUCAUUCAUCAUUUGAAAAUGAGGGAUUUUCUCUGCCAAGUGGAGUACUGAGUCCUGAUCAGGGUAUAAUGCGUCAGACUUCGACCCAAGAAAUGAUUCACAGCCAUUUCCGCACUAUCACUCCUGUUUCGAUGAGGAGUAAUACUCCAGGGCCGAUUGGAACAAUCCCCGCUUCCAUGGCCUCGGCAAUGGCAGGUUCACAAGCCAUGCACGAACAUGGAACCAGUCUCUCUAGGAAUUCCCACAGUCCAGCAAUGUCAGAUAGUGGAAUUUCUGUGGAUGCUGCAAGCAACAACAGUGGUUCUAGUGCUUCAAUGAUGAAUGUAGCGGCCCUCGCCAAGCUCCAUUCAGUAGGUCUUCCACAAACUCCUGUUGGGACCGCCCCUCCCUCCAUUUCACAGAAUGAUGCUAACUUUGGGUCCCUUUUGCACCCUAGUACCCCACAGUCAGAGUCCCCUAAUCUAGAAACCCUGGCCAACCUAUUACAGCAACCACCUAGCAGUCUAGCUGGAGGAAUGGGAAGUGUGGGUAGUAUUGGAUCCAUUAGUUCCAUAGGAACCAUAGGCAGUAUGAAUCCUUCCAGCAAGGAUAUCAUGGAAUCUGGCAAUUUAGCUGCAGGUGGAUUUAAUAGUGGAAAUUUCAGCUCUGCUACUGCUGCAAAUAUGCCUUUUCCUCCAGUUAGAAGAGGAAACAAAAUGAGUGCAAUGCAGAUCAGAUGCAAGUUUGGACAACUUGGACCUGGAAAAGGACAGUUCAAUUCCCCACAUGGAUUUUGUCUUGGCAUUGAUGAGGACAUUGUAGUAGCUGAUACAAAUAACCACAGAAUAUGUUGUUUUGAGAAAACAGGGGAAUUUAAGUACCAGUUUGGAAUACCAGGUCGCGAGGAGGACGAGGAGGCGAUGCCCGGGGCCAAGGGCGUGGAUCUAAACAGCCCUCUAGAUGUCUUCCACGCUAUAUAUAAUCAGAUCGGUGAUUCUCCACAAGAGCUUAGCUUCCUGACGACGCUUCAGCAUAUGCUGAAAAUUGAUCCAUCUGAUUCUAACAGUGAAUUAAUAUGGCAAACUCUCGAAAAACUUGUGUGUAAAGCCACCUUAAUAGAAUCCAAAGAGGAUGCGCAGAAACUAAUGAUGACUUCUCAUCGAAAGCGGGAAAAAUCCGUCGAUGGACCUUGUACAUGCUCUUGUCACAAUGGAGAAAGAGCACGAGUGAUGUCGCCACGGCGGUCCAAUAAUGUAUCUCUAACAGAUCUUACCUCAACAGAAAGUGUUUCAACCAAAGACGCACCUCCCCCUCCGCCACCCCCCGCCCCAAUGCCACCACCGCCGCCGCCAGGAAUGGCGCCCCCACCACCACCUCCCCCACCCAUGGCUCCUGGUAUACCUCCACCCCCUCCUCCGCCGGGAGGUCCCGCUGGGAUCCCUCCGCCCCCUCCUUUGGGAGGGGCACGAUUUCCUAGUGCUACGCCUCAGGUAAAACUACCUCAGCAAAAUGUACCCAAACCUAAAACCAAAAUGAGGACUUUGCAAUGGAGCAAAAUUCCGGCCAGUAAAGUUAUGUCUGGAAAACCCAACAUCUGGCAAUCAGUUGGGAAGCGAUUUAAUGGAUAUGUGAAAGAAAUGGACUUCAAUAAGAUGGAGGAUCUAUUCAGUAUCAGUGCUCCUCCCGACAACUCGGAAAAAGUCGUCGGUGGAAAUCUCUCGGAGAGACGGAAGCGGGAACUGACGGAGAUAAACUUACUGGAGGGAAAGAGAAGUCUGAAUAUCAAUAUCUCCUUAAAACAGUUCCGAAUGUCAAACGAAGAAAUUAUAGAACUUCUCCGAGAAGGUCCGAGUGAAAAAAUUGGUGCCGAGAAACUCAGGGGACUUUUGAAAAUAAUGCCGUACGCAGACGAGAUUGAAUUACUUCGAAGUUAUGAAGGUGACCGAGACAAGCUCGGAAGUGCCGAAAAAUUCCUAUUGUGCCUUAUGGAUCUUCCCCAUUAUAGGAUACGUAUCGAAGGUAUGCUGAUUAGAGAAGAGUUUACCAACGAUAUGGAAUGGAUCCGCCCCGCAAUAGAAGCUGUUAUCCUUGCCGCCAAAGAUAUUAAAGGAAAUACCAAACUACAUGAAGUGCUUUAUCUAGUUUUGUUGGCAGGGAAUUAUUUAAACGCGGCAAACUCCAGCAUUGGCGAUGCCGCUGGGUUUAAACUUUCAUCCCUCAUCAAACUUACAGACACACGGGCCAAUAAACCAAGGAUGAAUCUCAUGCAUUACGUUGUCAUGCAAGCAGAAGAAAAGAAUCCUAACUGCUUAAACUUCACGGAAGAGAUGAAAUACCUGAAGGACGCUUCUGUAGCUUCCGUGGAAAAUUUGACUACUGACAUUAACAAUCUUGCCAACAAACUGAAGAAUCUGUCAGAUCAAAUGGGAAACGUCAAUCAAGAAUUCCGGGACCAAAUCUCCGACUUCUUACAGGAGGCAAAAUCAGAAAUUGACGACCUGCAGGAAGACUUGAAAGAUAUUGAGAGUCUCCGACAUGAACUGGCCGAUUUCUUCUGUGAGGAUAUCAAAACAUUCAAACUGGAGGAGGCCUUCCGAACGAUGCAAACAUUCUGUGAGCGAUUCAAGAAGGCCAUAGAGGAAAAUAAACAGAGGAAGAAACACGAAGAAAAGUCAGCUUUGCGCGAGAAACAAAAACAAGAGGAACGAAAUAAGAAGAAUGCAGCUGAAGUGCGAGCCAAUCCUGAUCAAACUCCAGCCAAUGCCAAUAAUGACGAUGGAUCUAUUGUGGACAUGUUACUCGCUGACGUUCGUAGUGGAUUCGCGAAUCGGAAGUUUGGGGACAGUAACUUUUCAGUAACAAAAGUUAAAAAAGUAAACCUUGAUGGGAAUGACAAUGUCACGGACACAAAGGCCGGCUUUGUCCGAGGAGGAUACGGAAGACGGAGCAUGCGCAGUAAAAAGAGACAGGAAGAAGAUGACUUUGCUGAUUCAGAAAGUACAUGUAGCAGUCUUGAAGAUGCGACAGACUUCAGAAAGUCUGAGGGUGCAAAUAAAAAUGAGUCAUUGAUGAACAUUCUUACACAGCCCGAGGACAAUUCUGACCAGCCUAAGUUUGAGCGCUACGGAUCACUCCGUCGGAGACGCCAGGAAAGAAAAGAAAACCGAAAUCUACUGGAAGUGUUUGAGAGAGAACGUGCACCUUCUCCUAAUGUGGAUACUUCUAAACAAUCUGAUGAAAUCAAACGCUCUACUACACCUGUAGUUGAAAAAUCAGUCUUAAAUGAAUUUGACACAAGUGAUGUGCCAUUCAGGCGAACAAAGAGCAUGUAUGACAAAACUACUCGAAGUUCCGCGAAAGCUUCCAAUGAGUCUAAGGACACUGAAAGUGUUGUAGAUAGAAUCAAAAGAAAACUGGGCAGAAAAGAUUCAGCAUCGCCCACUCCUGAAGCACAACCAAGCAUCACACCAACCAAACCAAAAGAGGAGGCGUCAGAAGAACAACGAACCAGGUGGAGAACUGGGAUCACACCAACAGAGGUAAACAGAAAUUUACCGAUCAUCGACGAAAAAUCGCGACUAGAAACGCCAACAAGAGAACUGGAAAAAGCAGCUCAGCAGGAUGUGCAGGGAGAAUCUGAAAACGCAGUGGAACGAACCCGAACUCAAAUGGCUCGGCGUCUUAGCAAAAGAAAUACUUUAGAUCCCUCAGAAAUCAAGCAUUUACUUGAAAUCGCCAACAACAACGCUAAUCUAAAUGCUGGCAAAGCAUCUGAUGAUAGCCAAAAGGUGUCUGUUUCUGUGAAAACACAGUUAAAUCGGCGCUGGAUGAGUGACUUGGACAGAAAAGACAUAGAUCAGGUCCUCAAAGCUAUAGAGGACUCUGAAUCAAAGAAAGAAGCGACAGAAAGCGAAAUGUCCGCUUCUCAAACCUCUGUUCAAGCCCAAGUGACCCCUGUUUCAAAAUCGGAAGAUUCAAAUGCAGGCGGAGAAAGUGAGGCAUUGAAAGCAAAACGUAAAAUACGAAAACAGCGAUCCAAUUUAUCCCUCGAUGAUGUCAAACAGGCAUUACAUUCAAAUAAAACUGAAGUGAAUAAUUUGAAAAACUCACAAAGUUCGGGAGAAUCUCCGCAAAUAGAAAAUAUAAAACCAGGUUCUCCGCCGCCCCCUGAAGUGCCUCCCCGUCGAUCAAAGCAAAAUAACGAAGCUUUAAGUGAAAACAAAGUAGAAACUGAAAAGAAAUCUAAAAAAGAUUCAUCAAAUUUAAGCAAAGCAGCUAAAAUGGCGGCAAAUCGAAAAUUUCGAAAUAAACGGUUUGGUGAUAAAGAUCGAUCCGCCUCGGACGGACGUUGGAAAAGUGAUGUACAAAAAGACACCGUUGAUGAAGCUCUGAAAGAACAUGGCAUGAGCAGGUCAAAAUCGUACGAUGAAUCUGUCGCCCGCAAGGCAGUGAGUGAAAAAGAAGGCUUUUCACUUGUUAAUCUGCAGAUUGUGAACGGUGAAAAGAUAAAAUUCCGACGAAGUGCUGGGCGACUUGAUUCUGAAAGUAAAAGAGGAGCCAAAUAUUUCCCUAGCAGUGACAGUGAUACUGAUAACGUUCCUGAUGGUACGUCCUCCCCGAGGAGACCAUCCAGCUCCAAAAGUGACAGUCCCAAGAGUUCUAGUCGUUUAUCAAUCAAAUCUACGAGUACAUCGACUGAAACCCUCAGAUGUGACACCCCCUAUAGCGAGGCGGACGCUUCCUCCCCGGAACAAAAACGUAGGAGCUCUGCUGCACAAGACUCUGUAGAGAACCCCAUAACAGAUACACCAACAUCACAAUCGGACAAACUGAACAUUCAAGUACAACCUGCAGACGAAUUUGACGUUUCACCGAUGGCAAUCAUGUCGAAAUGGAAACAAAGACGUUCUACACAACGCAAAAGUGCCUAUGACAAUCUGUCUGACCAAGAAAAUCCUAUUUCACCUCGAUUUACAAAAACAAACGAUUCGUUCACUUUUGAGACUCAUUCUCUAGGAAGUCCUCGCUCUCAUCAUGGAUUACCUAUAAAUCACAAGUCAGAGAGCAGCAGUGAUUCUACAUCGGUGAGGAACGAUAUCGGAUCUCGGUGUAGUUACGCCAGCAGUAGUGACAGUGCUCGUGAUGAAGGAUUUGAAACUAUGUCAGGAACUGUGUCUCAGCGGACCUCAUUGAGUAGUACACUUGAAUCGGAAUUAACCCCGACAUUCCCGCGAAAAUUGUUCAAUCUUAAGGCUGCAAAGAGUGUUUCUCAUGAGGAUGUGAACGUACCCCCAAAACAGAUCAUAGACGAAACUGUACAAAAGCAGUCAGAGCUUGAUGCCCGUAAACAGAGAACGGAGUCGUGGACAGAAGCUGUGGUUGCUUCCACAACAAACCAAAACAAGGAGUCCAACCUUGACUCAUCUGUUGAAUAUUCAGCUUUAUCACCAGACAGCGGCCACGGCACGUCAAAGGAAGACGUCUGGAGCGAGAAUAUUGACCUCGAAAAUACAGUGAAAAACAAAUCUCAAAGCUCUGAUUCGUCAAUAAAAAUGGCUCCUUUGGCUACCCCUGAGAAUGUGGAGAGAUUGUCCCAUAAGACAAAGGAACUUCCGAGUUAUAUGCGUAAUACUGCAAGCAGUACAACUAGAGGACGUCCGGGUUCUGCUGGAUCAGACUCGAACCGAACCAAAACUGCGAGAAAAAGCACAACAAAUCUCAACAAAUCUCGCACAAGUGAAUCAAACACGAGUAUUGCAUCUUCUGUUGGCAUUUCCGAAAGUGGAACUCAUGCAAAGACCAGUCCAAAGAGAAAAGUUUCCUCUAAUGUCAGUCAACCAAAUUCACGUUCAACGACGCCUCAUCCUUUAUCUCGGCCUACGACGCCAGCUCACGGGUCUUCAAGGCCGACAACUCCAGCUCAUCAUAAUAUUUCUCACACCUCCCCAUCCAAAACUGCUGCAAGCGUGACGGCACGUCUCACUGCUUCUUCUUCGCCCAGCAAAGGAUUUUCCAGAACCCAGUCAUUGCGUCUACCAAAAUCGUCGAGACCGUCUUUGGGAACAUCUCCCGUAGAUUCGGCGAAACCUUCUUCGACUACUACUUCUAAAGCACCUAGGCGGUCAUUUAUGUCUCCAACUGCUUCGUCUCAAGCUCGAAAAGAAACCAGUGAUACACCCCCACCAGUUCCACCUCCGAGAACUGCUUCAUCCGCUAACAAACCAGCAAUAAAACCCGCCUCAGUCGUAACUUCAGUAAAACACAAUGAAAAUUCAAAGCCCAAAUCUACGAAAACAACACCAGCUCCAAAGCCUACAACUACGCCGUCUUCUGUAGCGGACAGAGCUAAGUCAGCUAACGUAACGAAAUCUUCCACGGCGUCACCUCUAACUAGACACGGGAGUCUUCGACUUCCACAGCGUUCCGCGAAUAAACUGGUAUAUCAUGAGGAUCCAAUUCCCGAGAAGGAAACUUUAAAAGCGGAAAGUAAAACAAAAUCAUUUAUGAGUAGAAUCGGUGGAAGCAAGGUCAAACCAGAAUCGUCUGUAAAGUCUCCUAAAUCCGACUCUCAUGGCGGACUCGCCACAGUGGCAGAACAGAGUGGUGAAGAGUCCAUAACCACAAAUAGCAAGGGCUCCAUCAUUAAACGCAUCGUCAAUAAGACAUCUCCCAAAAAGACGACCGAGAAAACGGCUGUUAAAAAGACAGCAAAAAAAUGAACACAAACUGGAUAUGACUGAAAAAAAUCUGUGAUAGGUUGACUAUCGACCGUUUAGUGCCAAACUAAUCGUGAACAUCCCCCAAGUUCACAGCGAGUCGCUGACCAGAUCGCAUGCGUAGUGUCGUAUUUCCGGUGUGCAAGUGAGACCGGAUGAAGAAAGUUAUGAUAGUGCUAAAAACGAUAUAAACACAUAUAAGACGUAUAAUUUGUUGAUAUUAUUUAAAUAGUGGCUAAAGCACCAUAUUGUAUAACUAGAAAUAACUUGACACGGGGAAAUCUGUAUUCCCCAUAUGUAGGAUUAUUUAAGAAAGAAAAGUUGACUAUUCAGUACAGAAGGAAUGUUGAGGAAUAAUGUGCAUUUACCAUGAUAUUUAUUUCCAUUUCCGAGGUUCAACUUCACAGACAAGAAUUACGUACAAUGUGCUUCCAUAGCCACAUAGGUUGCUCAUCUCCAUUGACAAUCCACUUCAGUGAUGUCGUUUCAUAUGUUUCGUCAUAUACUAUUGGAUAUUUUGUUAUACGUGUAAGCUUAUAUUAACUGUACUACAGAUAUACAUCGAUCAUUAAUUGUUGCCUUUUUGUUACAUAAUGUUAUUAUCAAUAAAAACUUGUACAAAAUUAA